UUUUUUUUUAUAAAUAUUUUUGGUACCUUUUUACACUUUAGCCCUUCAAUUUCUUGUUAAUUCUCCUGCAAUGGUUCUAACCCAGAUACCCAAUUACACAUGGACACGUUGUAGGAUACACACUGUUUAUUUCCCUGCCCGUCUCUUUCCCUCUCAAAUCUCUGGCUUUUCCUUUUUCUUUCCUCAAAGCCUUUUUUUUUUCUCACUUUCUACUUUUCUUUUUCUAAUCAAAGACCAUAUUUUUCUGGUCAUUACUUGUCUGAUUAAUAAAUUAAUCUUUAUCUGUUUUUCAUUUUAGGAAAUGAUGGUUAAUUAUUGACAUUUGCGGUCUUGGGUCCUAAAGUUCUGAUGGGUUUUUGCACAUUGUACUGUUCAAUUUUGAUAUUUGGUUGAUUAUCAACUUGAUCUAUUGGGCCAUCAAGGUUUGAGUUAUCUAUUUCUGUUAUUUGAUCUACAUUGGCGAGUUUCCGCAGAUUUUGGUAUAUCUGGUUUUGCAUGUUCUGUUGGGUUUUAGUUUGUUUUAGGUCCUCUGCUUGUUUAUGGAGUUUUACAUUGCAAGUAUUAAAGAGUUUAUGAACAUCUGGGGAGUCUUAGUUUUGUAUGGUUUAUUCGGUUUUGCGCUCCUUUGAGGCGUUUUCUUGAUAAGCUAUGAGAAAUUAUUGGAUUCUGUAGGGUUAUUUUGUUUGUUUUGGCGUUUCUUUGUUGGGUGUUAUAAAAUGAAGAGGUUAAAAAGUGAACCUCCCAGUGGUAGGAGGUGCAAAUUGUCUCAUUUCUUGCUGGGUAUAGGAGCAUUGUACUUGGUGUUUUUAGCAUUUAAAUUUCCACAUUUUUUAGAGAUUGCAGCAAUGUUAAGUGGAGAUGACAGUUAUGUUGGACUGGAUGGUGCUCUAGUCGAAGAUAUGGAAGAUUCAGAGUUAACCAAACCUUUAUUCAGCUCUGUUUAUAAGGAUACAUUCCACCGGAAAUUAGAAGAUAACCAAAACCAAAAUGCACCAAGGAUGCCUAGCAAGGAACCCUUGGAAGAAGUAAAAGGGGAGUCUAAACCUAUAAAGCCACUUCAGCAUCCAUACGGUAGAAUAACAGGAGAGAUUUUAAAGCGAAGGAAUAGAACUAGUGAUUUGUCCAUUCUUGAGAGAAUGGCAGAUGAAGCUUGGACUUUAGGAUUGAAAGCAUGGGAGGAGGUGGAGAAGUAUGAUGAUGAGAAAGAGAUUGGCCAAAAUUCUGUAUACGAUGGGAAGACUGAGCCUUGUCCUUCAUGGGUAUCAAUGAAGGGAGCGGAGCUGUCUGGGGAGGAAAAGAUGAUGUUCCUUCCAUGCGGUUUAGCUGCAGGAUCUUCUAUUACAUUGGUGGGAACACCUCAUUAUGCACAUCAGGAGUAUGUGCCUCAGCUGGCAAGGUUGAGGAAUGGUGAUGGCAUUGUUAUGGUAUCACAGUUUAUGAUUGAAUUACAAGGGCUAAAGGCAGUGGAUGGGGAGGAUCCACCGAAGAUUCUACAUUUGAAUCCUCGAUUGAGAGGGGAUUGGAGUAAGCAGCCAGUCAUUGAGCACAACACCUGCUACCGGAUGCAAUGGGGGACAGCUCAGAGAUGUGAUGGUUUGCCAUCCAAGAAAGACGAGGACAUGCUGGUUGAUGGUUUUCUGAGAUGCGAGAAAUGGAUGCGGAAUGACAUUGUAGAUUCAAAGGAGUCAAAGACAACUUCAUGGUUCAAGAGAUUCAUAGGCCGUGAGCAGAAACCUGAAGUGACUUGGCCAUUUCCUUUUGUGGAGGGAAGAUUGUUUAUCCUGACAUUGCGAGCUGGUGUUGAUGGCUACCAUAUCAAUGUUGGGGGUCGGCAUGUGACCUCAUUUCCAUAUCGUCCGGGAUUUACCCUUGAAGAUGCAACAGGUUUGGCAAUUAAAGGAGAAGUGGAUGUCCAUUCUAUUUAUGCCACCUCUCUUCCUAGCUCUCAUCCAAGUUUCUCUCCUCAAAGGGUAUUGGAAAUGUCUGAGAAGUGGAAAGCCCAUCCUUUACCAAAGAUUCCUAUUCGGCUUUUCAUUGGUAUCCUGUCUGCUACUAAUCACUUUGCGGAACGUAUGGCAGUUAGGAAAACUUGGAUGCAAUCAUCAUCAAUCAAGUCUUCAAGUGUGGUAGUUCGAUUCUUUGUUGCAUUGAGCCCCAGGAAGGAAGUGAAUGCAGUGUUGAAGAAGGAGGCUGCUUAUUUUGGUGAUAUUGUGAUAUUGCCAUUCAUGGAUCGCUAUGAACUAGUAGUUCUUAAAACUAUUGCUAUUUGUGAGUUUGGGGUUCAGAAUGUUUCUGCUGCAUAUAUUAUGAAAUGUGAUGAUGACACAUUUGUUAGGGUCGAGACGGUCUUGAAAGAAAUAGAUGGUAUCUCCUCCAAAAAGUCUCUUUAUAUGGGCAAUCUCAACCUCUUACAUCGUCCUCUGAGAAGUGGGAAAUGGGCAGUCACUUUUGAGGAGUGGCCAGAGGCAGUAUAUCCUCCUUACGCCAAUGGACCAGGAUAUGUAAUUUCCCAUGACAUUGCAAAAUUUAUUGUUGCUCAACAUGGCAAUCGAAGUCUGAGGCUUUUCAAGAUGGAAGACGUGAGUAUGGGAAUGUGGGUUGAACAAUUUAAUAGUUCCAGGACUGUCCAAUACUCCCACAACUGGAAAUUUUGCCAGUAUGGAUGCAUGGAAAACUAUUACACUGCGCAUUAUCAAUCCCCACGACAAAUGAUCUGUUUGUGGGACAAGCUGUCAAGGGGUCGAGCUCAGUGCUGCAAUUUUAGAUGAUAACCCUGGAUACCACCAACAGAACCUUUAGAAGAUAACAGCAGCUCUGGCUGCAUCGUUUGCAUGUUCUUGUUUCCCACUUACAUCGUCCUUCGCAUAGCUGAUUCUUGGUCAUUUAAGUGGGUUCUAGAGAUGGCUGUGUACUAAGUCACAGCCAUCAUUUUGGGUUGAACUCGGACCGUUGGAUGCUGUAAUCGGGAGUGGUUAAUAGUUAGAUCAACGUAUAUUGGCUUGAACUAAUGUCAGGAAAAUUGUACAAUAAUUUUGUAUAUCUUUAUGAAGUUUGAUGCCUGUGUAGAGGCGAGAAGCCUCAAGAUCAAUGCAAAUUUUAUAUGAUCUUUGCAAAUUUUAUAUGAUCUAA